GCACAGUGUACGCCAGUCAUGGAAGGUGAUCCUGGUCCACCAGGACCACCUGGAAUACAAGGGCCACCUGGUACGCCAGGAAUGCCGGGACCUGAUGGAGAGAUAGGAGCGCCUGGACGCAAGGGUACACCAGGACGUGAUGGAGCACCUGGAUCUGAUGGAUUACCCGGUGUUCCUGGACCUGCUGGACCACCAGGACGACCUGGGGAACCGGGAAUCUGUCCUAGAUAUUGUGCUAUUGAUGGUGGAGUUUUCUUCGAAGACGGAACUCGUCGCUAG